UUUUCGCAUAUUAUAGAAUGGCUUCGUCAGUACCCAAUAUUCAAAAGAGAAGCCGGACCACAGCAGAACAACUAAGUCGCAUGGUGGACUUUUUGACGGAAACGCCGGGAUUGGCAGGAUCAAGGUUCCAGAAGCUUCAUGGAAAAUCGGACUGCGACAAGAAGUGGAGUGAACUAGCGUCAAUGCUGAAUAGCCUUGGUGGUUCGGUGAAGAACGUCGACCAAUGGCGCACAGUAUGGAGGGAUUUGAAGAGCAUUAAGGUGCGUGAUAGGAAACGAAAGCAGGCAAUGACGGGAAACAAUCCCAUUAAUGAAGAGCCACCCACUGAGCUUGAGAGGCGUGUGAUUGCUCUUGUCGGUAGCGACUAUGUGCAGGGCCAUGAAACUGUUGCUGAAAGUGUGCCAGUGGAAGAGGAACUCCAACUGCGUAUGGAAGAGAGUGAUGAAGUGUAA